AAUAUAAUAGGAUCGUUCCUUCCUUGAAAUUUCUUGUUGUGUUGCCCACCAAUAAUUUUAGCUACUCUUCCUAAAGCACCACCGAACAAGAAAGAGAGAAGUAAUUUAUUCACUAAAGAAGAAGAAGAAGAAGAAGAAGAGAUGGCAGAGGCUGUUGUUUCCCCUGUGAUUGAAAGACUUGGAGACUUGCUACUGAAUGAAGCUAAGUUCUUGUCUGGAGUCAGAGUCCAAGUCAAGGAUGCACACACCAAGCUGCUAUGGAUGCGCGCUUUCUUAAAAGAUGCAGAUGCUCAUGUAAGAGAUGGCGAUGAGAGAGUGCGCCUUUGGGUUGUCCAAGUCAGAGAUACUUCUUAUGACUUGGAUGAUGUUAUUGAAACUUAUGUCUUGAAAGUGGUUUCCAAGAGGAACGGGAGAGGUGUCAUUAGUGUACUGAAAAGGUAUGCUUGCAUCUUCAGCGAAGGAAUUUAUGUCCAUAAAAUUGGAGCAGAGAUUGAGAAGAUCUCAUCCAGCAUUGCUACUUUGACUUCAUCCCUACAAACAUAUGGCAUAAGAGAAUUAAGGGUCAAGGAAUUUGGUGAAACUUCAUCAAACAACAUCCAACCGCAAAGAGACUUGAGGAGAGCUUAUUCUCAUGUUGUGGAGAAUGUUGUUGUUGGAUUCGACAAAGACAUCGAAGAAUUGGUAGCUCGUUUGAUUGGGAAAGAGAAUCCUCAUAGGCAUAGAGUGAUCUCUAUAUGUGGGAUGGGUGGUUUGGGGAAGACUACCCUUGCAAGAAAAGUCUAUCAUCAUCCCCAAGUCAGAGCUCACUUUGAUGGUUUUGCUUGGGCCUCAAUAUCUCAACAAUGUGUAGUGCGAGAAGUAUGGGAAGGAAUUUUAUUUGGUUUGACUUCUCCAACACAAGCAGAAAGGAAUGAAAUUAAAAGCAUGGGGAAUGGUGAGAUAGCAAAAAAGCUUUACAACCUUCAAAAACAAAGAAAAUGUUUGGUACUCCUUGAUGACAUUUGGACCACUUCCACCUGGGAUGGUUUGAAAGCUGCAUUCCCUCAAGACGAAACUAAUAGCAAGAUUUUACUCACAACUCGAAUAAAGAACGUAGCUUUUCAUGUUGAUCAAAAUGGUUUCAUCCAUGAACCUCGGUGUCUAAACGAGAAUGAGAGUUGGGAGCUGUUUCAGAAAAAAACUUCAUGUUUUGGAAAAGAUCCAACAAACUCAAAAGAUAAUGAAAGAAUGGGCGUACUAGGGCGAGAGAUGCUCAGACAUUGUUCUGGUUUGCCAUUGGCCAUCAUCGUACUCAGUGGGCUUCUAUCUACGAAACACACAGUUAAUGAGUGGGAGGAGAUUAAAGGAAAUGUAAUGAGAUAUAUAACUAAAGGUAGAGAACAUGAUGACUCAAAAUACUCUGGUGUUUCAUCAGUGUUAGGUUUGAGUUACGAUGAAUUGCCAUUUUACUUGAAGCCUUGUUUUCUUUAUCUGGCUCAUUACCCUGAGGAUGCCACCAUACAAGUAAAAGAAUUAUGUCUUAUGCUCGUAGCAGAAGGCUUUAUACCUUCAAGAGGAGCUUCAACUGAUUCAUCCGAGGAUGUGGCAUAUGAUUGCUUAAGCGAGUUGGUGGAAAGAAGCAUGAUUCAGGUAGAAAAGUGGGGUUUAACAAGAAAAAUGAAAUCAUUUCGUAUUCAUGAUCUCAUGCGAGAUGUGUGCUUGUCUAAAGCUCAAGAUGAAAACUUUCUACAAUUUAAUGAUUUAAGGAAUAGAGGGGAGGAGCCACUAAAAUCUGUAUCUACAGACAUAAGAAGAGUUGCCAUUUAUUUUGAUAGAAUUUAUGAUUUUCUUCCUUUUGUUGAUAAUAUAAAUAGUGCUCUUCGGUGUCUUAUCAUAGAAUUAGUGAUGUCCCAAAAAAAAUUGAGACAUGUGAUCAAUAGCUUUCUCAUGCUUAGAGUUUUAAAGGUAAGUCAUAGGGAUCCCUUAAAGUUGCCUAAAGAAAUUGGAAAGCUUAUUCACCUAAGGUUGUUUAGUACUAGUCAUAAUACCUUAGUGGAAAAUAUCCCAUCCUCCAUUGGCAAUUUGAGAUGUCUACAGACUUUAGUGGUAAAAUCAUAUGUUGACAAUGUCAAAGUACCAAAUGUAAUGUGGAAGUUGGAACAAUUGAGGCACUUAUCCUUACCCUAUGUUCAUGGUAUCCCAGCCUUUAGUAAAUGGUUGAGGUUAACUAAUCUUAGAAAUUUGCAAACAUUGACAGGUGUUCAACUGAAGUACCUUGAUAGGAAUGAUUUUUUGCGGUUGACGAAUCUGAAGAAAUUAGCGAUUAGAGUGGAUAGAAAUUUGGAGAGAAUUUUCCAAGAUCCCACAACUGUCACCUUCGUCCGUCUUAGGCAUUUACAAAUAGAUUGUAGUGAAGAAAGGGUGAGAGUAGAUAUUGUUCCUGUGAUAUUAAGCUACCCUCAAAUUUAUAAGCUUAAAGUAGAGGGGACAAUAGUAAAAUUACCAGAAUACAACCAAUUCUCCCCAAACCUUAUCAAGUUAAAGUUGGAAUAUACUCAUCUUAAGGAUGAUCCAAUGCCAACCCUAGAAAAGCUAUCGAGUUUAAGAGUCCUUUCCUUACAUGAGUGUAGCUACGAUGGGAAUGAGAUGGUGUGCUCAAAAGGAGGUUUCCCUCAACUGGAAUCUCUUCAGAUUACAUAUCUACCUAGCUUAGAAGAGUGGAAGGUGGAGGAAGGGGCCUUGUCUAGUCUUCACUUUUUGAGGAUUGAUUGCUGCUUAAAAUUGAGGAGAGUUCCUGAUGGAUUAAGAUACAUUACUACGCUUAAGGAAAUGGAGAUCACAUCUAUGCGUAGGGAAUUCAAAGAAAGGGUGGAGGAAGGAGGAGAGGAUUUCUACAAAGUCCACCACUUUAUUAAUAAAUGUGAAUAAAGUAUGGUGGGACUAUUUUUGUAUAUAUAUUUUUUUUUGUGUUAUUAGCAGAAAUGUAAUUUUACUAGAUUUUUUCUUGAACAGUUGUCCUUAUUUUGUCUAUUUUUCAUCAUGGUACAGUUUUGGCAAGAGAUGUAUCAUGUAUUGUUGUAAAUAAUUGAUGAUGAUUAAGUAUUAAAAAAAAUCAGCUGAAUAAUGUCCCAUACCGAAA